CUGUUUACGAAGAAGCGAGCAAAGGAAAAGGAAAAAUAAAAGCGUAUUAAGAUUUCGUGUGCAAAGGAGAGAAAAAUGCUGUAGGCGCAGUGUAAAAUGCAUAUAUUGCUGAUCAAUCGCGUUUGUGAGAUGCUAAAACGCGAAUUCAACUUUAAAUCGGUGCAGAACUUCAAGGUGCAAUAAUAGGAAUACUCGAAUUAUCGAAUAUACCAAAGUGCAAUUGGCCAGUUGAGACUACAACCACAAUAACAACAGCAACAACAGCAACAGCAGUGGAAUAAUAUAAUAACCUUGUGUUUUGUUUUGUAUUUUGUCGAUCAGAAAUCGAAAAUAUUAAUUCAAAAUUAAUCAAGGUGAAAGGUGUUAACAGAUAAAGUGGUAAUAAUAGUAAAAUUGUUAAAAGGAAAACCGUGUUAUAUAGUGUGUGUGUGCGUAGUGCCAGCAAUACAAACGCAAGCAACCAAUACAAGCGCACGGCUAGUUUUCAUAACGAAAGUAACAGCGAUAAAUAAUACAAAACAACAACAACAAAAACAACGAAGAGUCUCAAAAAGUGCUGGAAAAACUCGCGAUAAGAAAAUAUAUAAAGAAAACGGAAAAACAGGAACCUCCACAUCGACAAAUCUUUUUUUUCUGUGUUUUUUGAAUGCUGCUGCAUUUGGAAAUCCGGCGACAAAAUGGUUUCGUUAAUUGAUACAAUCGAAGCGGCAGCCGAGAAACAGAAGCAAUCGGUGGCCACCAAUUCCUCCUCCUCCUCCUCGUUUUCCUCCUCCCCACCAUCUUCGUCUUCUGGCUCCCCAUCUUCUUCCUCAUCUUCUUCAGCCCCAAAAUCCAAUCUCACGGCCAGCGGCAAACCAAAGGAGAAACGAAGGAACAAUGAAAAGCGCAAGGAAAAAUCACGCGAUGCGGCCAGAUGUCGUCGCUCCAAGGAGACGGAGAUUUUCAUGGAGCUCUCGGCGGCUUUGCCAUUGAAAACCGAUGAUGUGAAUCAACUGGACAAGGCCUCCGUGAUGAGGAUCACCAUUGCGUUCCUCAAGAUUCGAGAGAUGCUGCAGUUUGUGCCCAGUUUGCGCGACUGCAAUGAUGCCAUCAAGAAGGACAUAGAAGCUUUGGAGGAUCUAGAUCAGCAGGAGGUCAAGCCCAAGUUGGAAAUGGGCAGCGAGGAUUGGCUAAAUGGAGCCGAGGCCAGAGAGCUCUUGAAGCAGACCAUGGAUGGGUUCCUGCUGGUCCUGUCCCACGAGGGAGAUAUCACUUAUCUGUCAGAGAACGUGGUCGAGUAUCUGGGCAUUACCAAGAUUGACACCCUUGGCCAGCAGAUCUGGGAGUACUCGCACCAGUGCGAUCACGCCGAGAUCAAGGAGGCGCUCAGUCUGAAGCGCGAAAUCGCCGAGAAGGUCAAGGAUGAACCGCAGCAGGAAUCCGGAGUGAGCACCCAUCACCGGGAUCUGUUUGUGCGCUUGAAGUGCACCUUGACCAGUCGCGGACGCAGCAUCAACAUCAAGAGUGCCUCGUAUAAGGUCAUUCACAUCACUGGACACUUGGUGGUCAAUGCCAAGGGCGAACGUCUGCUGAUGGCCAUUGGCCGACCCAUUCCGCAUCCUUCGAACAUUGAGAUACCUUUGGGAACUAGCACUUUCCUAACCAAACACUCCCUCGAUAUGCGUUUCACCUAUGUGGACGACAAAAUGCACGGCUUGUUGGGUUACUCGCCCAAGGAUCUACUGGACACUUCUUUAUACGUCUGCCAGCAUGGAGCUGAUUCCGAACGCCUGAUGGCCACCUUCAAGAGCGUGCUGAGCAAGGGACAGGGUGAAACCUCUCGUUACCGAUUUCUGGGAAAAUAUGGUGGCUAUUGCUGGAUUCUUAGCCAGGCCACGAUUGUCUAUGAUAAACUAAAGCCACAGAGUGUCGUUUGCGUUAACUACGUCAUAAGUAAUCUUGAGAAUAAACAUGAGAUAUACUCACUCGCUCAACAAACGGCGGCAAGUGAGCAAAAGGAACAACAACCAGCUGAAACCGAGAAGGAGCCAGAGAAAGUAGACGCCGAUCUGGAAAUAAUCCUACAGGAGACCAAGGAAACAGUAAAUAAACCAAUACCCAUUGAGGUGGAAGAUAAAUCUCCGGAAAUUGAGAUCAAGGAGACAGAGAAAAUCAACGAGGAAAUAGCUGCACCAGAAAUCGGAAAAAUUACUGCUACAAACAACCCACCACCAGUAAUUGAACAGAUAAAGCAACUGGGCAACGAGAUCAGUCCCUUUAAGCAGAUCCUCCAGGCGGAGUUGUUCAUCAAGCGGGAAAAUCACUCGCCAGGACCGCGAACGAUCACCGCCCAGCUGCUCAGCGGCGGAAAUACCAGCGGAUUGCGUCACGAGGAGAAGCGUCCCAAGUCGGUGACAGCUUCGGUCUUCCGUCCAAGUUCUGCUCCACCUUUGACCCCAACCCCAACCCCACCACCACCACCGCCCGCAGUAGCAGCAGCAGUGCUCUGCAAGAAGACUUUGCCUACGCUCAGCGUGGAGCCCAAUCUGCCGCCCACAACCACCGCCACGGCAGCCAUAAUCUCCUCGAGCAAUCAGCAGUUGCAGAUUCCACAGCCAAGUCAACUGCAGAAUCCACAGCCAACAGCUCAAGAUAUGAAUAAAGGAUUCUGUUCGCUCUUCGCUGACGAUGGACGAGGUCUGACAAUGCUCAAGGAAGAACCCGAUGAUUUGUCCCACCACUUGGCCUCCACCAAUUGCAUUCAGCUGGACGAGAUGACUCCCUUCAGCGACAUGUUGGUUGGCCUCAUGGGCUCCUGCCUGCUGCCCGAGGACAUCAAUUCCCUGGACUCGACCACCUGCUCCACGACGGCCAGUGGCCAGCACUACCAGAGUCCCAACAGCAGCAGCAACAGCAGCAGCAGCGGCAGCAAUUCUGCAGCAGCAACCAGCAAUACCAGCAGCAAUAACAAUAGCUAUGCCAACAGUCCGCUCAGCCCGCUCACACCCACUCCAACGGCAGCUGAAAGGAAUCACAGUCAUCAGCAGCAGCAGCAACACAACCAGCAACAGCAGCAACACAACCAGCAGCAGCAGCAACAGCACCAGCAGCAACAUCAUACCCAGCACCACGACAACAGCAAUAGCAGCAGCAACAUUGAUCCCUUGUUCAACUAUCGCGAGGAAUCGAACGACACAAGUUGCUCGCAGCACCUGCAUUCGCCCAGCAUUACCUCAAAGAGUCCCGAGGACAGCAGCCUGCCAUCGCUUUGCAGUCCCAAUUCGCUGACUCAGGAGGAUGACUUCUCCUUCGAGGACUUUGCCAUGCGGGCGCCCUACAUCCCCAUCGAUGACGAUAUGCCCCUGCUAACGGAGACGGAUCUCAUGUGGUGUCCGCCAGAGGAUCUGCAGGCCAUGGUGCCCAAGGAGAUUGAUGCCAUGCAGCAGCAGUUGCAACAGUUGCAGCAGCAACAUCAUCAGCAGUAUGCCAACAGCAAUACUGUCUACCAGCAACAGCAGCAGCAGCAGCAACAACAGCAGCAGCAUUUCUCCAACUCCCUGUGCUCAUCGCCUGCUUCAACGGUCUCCUCAUUGUCGCCAUCGCCAGUGCAACAUCAUCAGCAGCAGCAACAGGCGGCGGUCUUUACCAGCGAUUCCAGCGAACUGGCAGCAUUGCUGUGCGGAUCCGGAAAUGGAACUCUGUCGAUUCUGGGAGGAAGUGGUGUUACCGUUGCGGAGGAGUGCAACGAGCGACUUCAGCAGCAGCAGCAACAUCAUCAGCAGCAGCAGCAACAAAAUAGCAACGAGUUCAGGACCUUCCAGCAACUGCAGCAGGAGUUGCAGUUGCAGGAGGAGCAGCAGCAACGUCAGCAGCAGCAGCAGCAACAACAGCAGCAGCAGCAACAGCAGCAGCAGUUACUGAGCCUAAGCAUCGAGUGCAAAAAAGAGAAAUACGAUGUGCAAAUGGCAAGCAGUUUAUGUCAUCCCAUGGAGGAUGCAUUUGAGAAUGACUACAGCAAGGAUUCCACCAAUCUGGAUUGCUGGGAUCUGCUGCAGAUGCAGGUGGCGGAGGCGGCUCCCGUGAGUCCCGCGGCUGCCUCAUCGCCGGCUCCCUGCAAGGUGACCACCAUCCAGUUGAUUCAGCAACAGCAGCAAUUGCAGCAACAGCAGCAGAAUAUCAUACUGAAUGCAGUGCCAUUGAUAACCAUACAGAAUAACAAGGUGUUAAUGCAACAGCAGCAGGAGCAGCUGCAGCAGCCUGCCUUGAAAUUGUUGAAUGGAUCCAAGGCCACCAUUCGCCUGGUGGAGACCAAGCCACCCACCGCAACGCAACCUCGGGUGGCCAAGGUGAACCUCAUCCCCCAGCAGCAGCAGCAUGGAAACAAGCGACACCUAAACAGCGCGACAGGAGCAGGAAAUCCAGUGGAAUCGAAGCGACUGAAGAGCGGCGCCACCCUGGAUGUCCAGUCGCCGCAGCUCCUGCAGCAGCUGAUCGGCAAGGAUCCCGUCCAGCAACAAGCCCAAGCAGCCAAGCGAGCGGGCGGCGAGCGAUGGCAACAAUCCGCGGAGAGUAAGCAGCAGAAGCAGCAGCAACAGCAGUCGAACUCGGUGCUCAAGAACCUGCUGGUCAGCGGACGCGAUGCUAGCUCAUCCGAACCCAUGAUGAUCGAUGAUGACAACUCUUUGGAGCAGCAGACGAACCCCCUGGGCAAAUAUGGCUUGCCCCUGCAUUGUCACACCUCCACGUCGGCGGUGUUGAGGGAUUAUCACCACAAUCCGCUGAUCAGUGGCACCAACUUCCAGUUGUCUCCGGUCUUUGGAGGCUCCGAUGCUGGAGGAGGUGAUUGCGAGACUGGGUCAGUGGUUUCCCUGGAUGAUUCAGUGCCACCGGGCUUGACAGCCUGCGAUACGGAUGCCUCCAGCGACAGUGGCAUUGAUGAGAACAGCCUGGUGGAUGGUGCAUCGGGGUCACCACGUAAAAGGGUUACCCUAAUCACCACCUCCAGUGAGCAGCAGGUUGAAACUGCGCCAGCGCCACUUGAUGUGGUGAUCCAGCAGUCGGCGGAGGAGGAACUCGAGGAACUAGGAUGUGGAACCAGCAGCAACGCCCCCAGCAGGAAGACCUCCAUCUCCUUCCUGGACAGCAGCAAUCCGCUCCUGCACACGCCUGCGAUGAUGGACCUGUGCAACGAUGACUACAUCAUGGGCGAGGGUGGCUUCGAGUUCAGCGAGAACCAGUUGGAGCAGGUUCUGGGAUGGCCAGAGAUUUCCUAGGAUCCAUACCAUCCUUGCAUGCACUGCAUUUGAUGGGAGGGCAUUUUUUUUGAGGGAGGAGUAGAAGAAAACAUUGAAAUUAAACUGAGCAUCAAAGCGGAAGCUAACCAAAAGAUUGAUUUUGAGCCUUGCGUGAAUGUUGAAGUCCGCACAACCAACCUGACAAGACCUAUGUAUCCCCACCAACCGAUUCCAGUUUCCCCACCCAGACACUUGACCCCUGAUGACCCCAUGCUAACCGACACACAUUUACAAACAGGAAGGGUUAAUCACACUUGAAUAGUUUUGUAGCCAUGUUAACUGCCUAGAACAGAAGAAUAUAUACACGUAUGUAAUUUAGUCUUAAUGUUUUUCUAUAUGCAAACCGCGUUUACACAACACACAAAAAGGAUGAGGAGCAAAUAGUUAAAGGAGAAGGAGUACCAGUCGAAAGUAAUAACGAUAAACUACAAUAUAAAUUACGAAAAAGAAAAUAUCUUGGAAAAAUGUUCAUAGUUUUUGUUGCUAGAAGGCUCAAAAAGCAAGUUUUUUGGUGAUGGUUGUAUUCUGGUUUUAUAACUUUCAAGCAAAAAAGCUGUGACGGAAAAAAAAAGUUUUUGAACAUGUUUUACAAAUAAAUAUUAAAAAAAAAAACAAAAAAAAAUCACAAAAAAAUGUAUACAUUAAUGUUAAAUUUAGUUUAAGACUUUAAUUUCAAUGUUUUCAAAAUGCUACAAUAAACCUUUGUAGCAAUUAUAAUAUUUUUAAUAUAAUUAAUUUGAACUAAGUAAAUAUUGUACCCGAUUCAGUUGAUCUUAACUUCAGACUAUACUUUUGUGCAUUUCUACAAAUUAACUUUGUGUCAAUCAUUUUAAAUAACUUCUCGAUUUUCGUUUCCCUUUGAGUACCAAUUCUUUAUGUAAAUUAGUUUUAAUUCUCUGUUUAAGGCGCAUCAUACAAAACAAACUGUUUGCUUGCUUAAAUCCAAAUUCAAUCAAUGUUCAGUGUUUUACAACUUGUUUUAAUAUUAAAUAAUUGGCAAAAUAAAUAUAGAAUUCAUUUCGAUGAAAGUUGCAUGCAGAAAA